AUGCUGUAUUUUGAAUUUAAAGGUGAGUUUGGCCCUGACGUGAAGUCGUUAGAGGGCUCAACUUUGAAUAUCUCGGCUACUCAUUUCACAAAUCAAAUUUUGAUACAGAUACGAGCCAGUGGUGAGAUGGAUUCCACUUAUGAAGUUACACAGAGGGGAAUAAGACCAAUGGAGCAGAUUUUCAGUCGACCAAUAGCAGGACAAAACGGGGUUUUGGAGGAAAAUGAGGAGGAAGAAGAGGAGUUUGAAACGAUGAGGGAUCAUCUGUCCGAUUAUAAUGUUAUUGUUAGAUUAGGUGAUUCGAACGAUGCAAAGAUACCGGUUAUCUGCACACAAAUAGCGAACCUGUACCAGACUGUAAUCUUACCCCAAUCAGCACCUGUUUUAAGAGGUGACAAUUUCUCCGGUGUCAAUCUUUUAAUAACGCUAAAUAGCAAGAUGUGGAGACAAGAUGAAAAUGAUAGUAACGUAGAUUUUGCAAAAUUAGUGUUUUUAUUGAAGUCAAUAAAAGAAAUGUAUGUAAAGUAA